AUGGACAAGAGCUCCAUCGACGGGCGGCGCAAAAACAAGAACGCUGCACUGCCACAGGCCAGACUGCUGCGCAAAUCAGAUACAGAAACACCAACCAGUCUGCGACCUGCUUCACCUCCCAAGAGUAACCCAUGGAGUUCAACAAAGAAGCCCACGGCAGACUCACUCGCGGGCAUGUUUCCGCCCUUGCCAAAACCUCAAUCGCCGUGGUCACCAGACAAGAUGCCCACUGCCGAAGCAUCUAUGUCGCUGAAUGAGUCGCGGCUUGGAGAUGAUAUCGCACAGCCUGUGCUUUCAGCCAGAUCUUUCUCCCCAGUGUCCAACAGUUCCUCCACAACUCGCCAACUUUUUGAAGCUGCAGCGCCUCGAGCGACCGAGAACCUUUGGAAAACUCCUUUUGGUGCCGAUGUGCUGGUACGUACUGGUAACAUGCUCCUCAAAGUCCAUCGCAACAUUGUGGUACCUCAAUCGGGUUGGUUUCGCGACAACCUGCCACCGCCAAACUUGGAUGGUACGCCGGUCACGGUGGACCUGCGCUUUGCUCCCGAAGCUGUCGCACACUGCUUGCGAUUCAUCUACACUGGUAAAAUCGAAAUCUGCGAGUUUGAUCAUGCAAGGCCCUGGUAUUCCUCACAUAUCCCACGCUGUGUCUUGGCAUAUACCGCCGCUACACAUUUGCGCAUGGCCCGAAUGGCGAAGCACCUUCUUCGAGUGGUUGAGAACACUUCGAUCGAAAUUGGAUCUGUGAUACGACGGCACUACAUGCAUAGAGACAUGGAUUGCUCUUCUUGGGUCCAAUUUUCAUGGCAUUACCAGACAGCUCUGGAAGUUAUUGUCCGGGAACAACCUCAGAAGCUAAUGGUGCCCAUGAGACUCGCCAUGGCAAGCAUUCUCGAUGCCAUGCUCUUUUGGCUCGCGCGGCAGCCACUCUUCGUCAGCGAGUUGAAGUCAUCCUGGUGGAAGAUCAUGCAGAUGAGCAUGCCGGAUAUUGCUGAGUAUAAACGUCUUUGCAGAAGCCCUGGCAACUACAACAGUCCGUUGCCAAGCGAGAUGGCGUUGAGGGAGAUGUUUGAAGCGAUAAAGCUGGGACAUGAGAGAAAGACGAUAAAAUCAGUCGCCACACAGACCGGAAAGAUCCCAGAGGAUACAGUCUCCGGAAGCGACCCACGGUACUACUUCCCCGUCAUCCACCGCGAGAGACGUGUUUCUCUGUGA